UUUUCAUUGAUAAAUUUCUCGUACGCACGUACACGCAUUUCUCCUUUGUACGUACAUCGUAAUUUUACGAGUUCGAUAUGCAUCGUUAUUUUCUCGUACUGCUAGCAAGUUUUCUAUUGAAACAUGCGUUCUCUUCGAAAAUACAAACACCAAAAAUUGCCGUUAUUGGUGGAGGUAUAGGAGCCGCUUCGACCACGCAUUUUCUCACUGAAUUAUUUAACAAUGAUUUAAAAAUUGACCUCUACGAAGGAAAUAAGAUCGGUGGUCGUUUGGCAACGAUAAAAAUUGACGAUAACGAAUACGAGGCCGGAGGUUCGAUUAUUCAUCAAGAGAACAAAUACAUGCAAGAAUUUCUAAAUUUGCUCGGAAUGGAAUAUAGACCCGCCAGGGAGCAAAGAUUUGGUAUAUGGGACGGCACGGAAGUUGUAUUCCAAGAAAGCGAUUCCAAAAUAUUCACUUUGAUCAAAUUAAUGUAUAGAUAUGGCAUACAACCGUUUAGGCUUAACAGUUAUAUAGGUUCUAUACUCGCCGAUUUCAAUAAAAUUUAUCACCUGCAAAACGAGGGUCGUUCUUUCGUCAACGUGACCUCUAUGCUGAUGGCCAUGAACGAGAAGUUUCCAAAGCUAUUGCGAGUGUCCGUUAAAGAUCACCUUUUAAACUUGGGGUAUGCGGAAAAAUUGAUCGACGAGUUGGUCGAAGCUCCUUUGUUGGUAGAUUACGGACAAACAACGAGCGUACAAAGUUUCGUCGGUUGCGUAACGCUUGCUGCGACCAUUGGAAAUCUAUGGGCAGUUAAAGGAGGAAAUAAGAAAGUGCCCGAACACUUGAUAUAUAGAAACGUUAACGUCAAUGUAGUGUCUUCUUACGUUAAGAAGAUCCGUUAUCUAACCAAGGACGAUUUUCCCAUUUACGAAGUACAAUAUUCGAACAUAGAUGACGUAAACGUUAUGAAAAAUCACUAUGACAUAGUCAUUCUCGCGACUCCAUUAACGGAAGAUCAGAAAAUGCAGAUUACGUUCGAAGAAUUCCCUUCGGAUGGUUUAACAUUUUCAGGCGAAUAUCAGACGACUGUUGCGACCUUCGUGAAAGGGAAUUUGAAUCCAAAUUAUUUUGGACUAGAAGAAGAAUUAGAUAGCAUAUUGAGUUGCAAUUCUAACAUGCAAAUUCGUUCCGUUGGAAAAGUAGACACGGUCGAAGGUCCGACUAAAAUUGAUCCGAAAAUAUGGAAGAUUUUUAGCAAUGCCUCGUUACCCUUAAACGUUUUACACAACUUUUUUCUCAAUAUCGAAGAAGUCAAGGAAGUCGUUUGGAAAGCGUACCCACGAUAUUCUACGAACGUACGAUUGGAUAAAUUUAAACUUUACGAUGGCCUUUAUCAUGUCAAUGCCAUCGAAUGGAUAGCCAGUGCGAUGGAAAUGAGUGCGAUAGGUGGAAGAAACGUAGCGAUUUUAGCCCAUCGUGAAUUUUUACAGAGGUUCUCGAACGAACCAAAUAGAUCCGAUAUACGGAAGGAUAAAUAUAAAUUAGAGCUUUAAGGUUGUUUGCUUAUCUUUUUCUUCUCUAUCUAAGAGAUAUUAAAGCAUCAUAAUUCCAAACGAUACGGGUAAUCGUCAAGAGUGCAACACGUACGGAUAGAGCGUUCAUUAUCCAUUUGGACAAGAUGACGAAAUGAAGGGAAUAAAGAGCGAUCGGCAUCUCGUUACGAAUGCGUUUAUAUCUAAGUAAAAUGUAAUAAAAAUUUAUUAUACCGA